AUGUGUAGGAUAAGCAGAACGGUAGUUAUAGCAAAAGUGGAAGGAGAAAAUAAAAAGAAAGAGAUCAUGAUAAACAAGAGCCGAUCGGACUCGGAUCAUAUGCCCUUGGUCUUGGAAAUGAAGAGGAACACAGGAAGAGAGAAGAAGAAGAGGACAAAAGAGAAGAAAGAAGAAAGAUGGAGAUGUAGGUGGAAAGAAAAAGAUAUAAAGAAAUAUAAGGAAAGGACGAAUGAGACGGAACCGAAAGAAAAAAUAAUAGAGGAGGUAACAAUAGAAGAAAAAUGGAAGGCGCUAAAGGAGUUGAUUCUCGAAGCUAUGAUAAAAAGAAAGGUAAAAGGAGGAAAGAAAAAGAAACUAAGAUACAAGCAAUGGUGGGACAAAAGUUGUACAAGGAGGAAAAGGAUAGCCCACAGAGUUUACAGAGGAGGGGAAGAAGAGGUGCCAGAAGAGGAAAAGGAAAGAAGAGGAGCAGAAGAGAAGAAACAAGCAAAAGAACAAGAAGUAAGGGAAACGGACGAAGAGCUGAAGGAGGCAGAAAUAAUUACGGCAAUAAAUAGAUUGAAGAAAGGAAAAGCAGCAGGUAUUGAUGGGAUUCCGAUGAAAGCCUGGAAAUAUGGAGGAUCAAAAAUAAGGAAAAGAUUUGUGAAUUUAGUAAAGAAAAUCUGGAAGGAGAAAGAGAUUCCGGAAGACUGGAAAAAAAGUGUAAUUGUGACAAUUCAGAAGAAAGGGGACACGGAGAAGGCGGAAAAUUAUAGAGGAGUAGCGCUGUUAUGUACGGUCUACAAGGUAUACGCAGAAGUUAUAAAGAAAAGAUUGGAAAAGGAAGUAGAGAAGAGAGAGCUAAUACCGGAGAACCAAGCAGGCUUUAGGAAAGGAAGAAGGAUAGUGGACAACAUAUUCAUACUAAGCCAUGUUGUCCAAAGAGAAAGAGAAAGAAAGGAAGAUGGAAAUGAAAGAAAGGUGUUCGCCUUCUUCGUGGACCUAAAAGCAGCAUUUGACAACAUAAACAGAGAAAAGCUUUGGGAACUGAUGGACGAGUGGAGCAUAAACGGAAACAUAAUCGACAGGUUGAAGAGAAUAUACAAAAAAAUGAUGACAACAAUCAGGAGGGGAGAUAGAUUAAUAGAGGAGAUUAAGACAAGAAAAGGAAGCGGAUUAUGCGAGUCACAUAAAAGAGCUAAGGAGAAAGGGAAGGAUGGUGGCAAAUAUAGUAUGGGGUAUAGACGAAAGGAUGUGCAAAAAUGA